UUACAGUCUGGAGUGACAAAGGCUCGUCUGGAUGAAGUUGGUAAAUAUAACAGAGUGUUUUAAAAGGCCAUAAGUUUCUCCUUUUUAAUAUAUUAAAAUCAGGACUGAUAUUUAUAUAAAUUUAAUACUUUAUUUCAUCUUGCAAAUAACUUCUGAAUAUUUGACUUUGUUUUUACAGACAAACAAGUGGAAAGCUCAGUAGCUCAAAAGGAUGCAGCUGAAGGGGAACUUGAAAGGCUUGAAAGAAGUGUAGAAGAAAAGACACUUCAAGUUCAACAGCAAGAGGAGAAAGUCAAGGAAUUAAAUGAGCAAUACCACAAAUUUAAAUCUUUGCUUGAGCAGAAAGGGUUUUCUGUCAGUAGGAGACAAAAUACUACUACUACUUAUGAGAUGGUUACAAAUGUCAAUUCUAGUACUAGAUAUAGAAGAAGACAUGAAACCAAAAAUGUCUUACAAUUUAUACAUGGGGGAAAAGAAGGAUCACUCUAUGGGGCUUGGGAUUAUGUGUCAUCUACUGCUGACAAUCAAACCAUGGAUAAGCUGAUUUCAGGGCUCAAACGGGGAAAAUAUAUCCAAGGCUUGUUUGACAAGACAAUGAAGCACUAUCAAAAUUCAGAAGAGGCUUUGAAGCAAGCUGUGCUUAUGAAGUACCAAAACUUUUUGUCUAGAAGAAAGUAUGCCCUUGUCUGUAAAACUCAGUCCUCAGUUUUUGAUCCCAAUUCUGAACUCUGGGUGCCUCGCAACAUGAAAUGUUUAGGUCUGGACUUAAGGGUUCCAUGUAUAACUAUUUCUGAUAAGCGGGUGGAAAAUUUUGUGAAGAGUCUUGACAUUGGCCAUGUCAAUCAAAUCCCCAAUGCAUCAGGUGUUUCUAGAACAAUAACUGGGUUGGUAUUUAUGGUAAUUGAUUUGCACUUGAGACUUCCUCAUUUGUCACGUAAACUCACUUGGUUCAAUGAGAACACAAAUCAUUUUAUAUUUCAAUUUUCUGAUGAUGGGGCUCCUGAGUCCAGCCAACUAACUAUGUCAAUAGGAAGUCUGACAUGUUGGAACUUUGGGGAUAGGGUAAGAAGUAGGGAUUUCCAAUAUAUUUUACACUGUGUCAGUUUGGGGGAAAAACAUGAGGUGCUUGAAAGUAUUUGGAAGCAACAUACUGAUGAAAUGGAAAUGUUAGACGGUAAUGUUUUUAAUGUUUGUGACAGGCAAUGUACUUUAGAGUUUCAGCCAAGUGCUGAUAUGAGCCGGCAGAGCUGGGCUAAUAAUGAAUUAAAUCAAGCUGCUACUUAUCCUUCUCCUUAUGCUAAUGUUAGCAAAGGAAACAUGUGUACCAUGGGUGCUACAAUUGGGUUGAGGGAAGAAGAUUUAUUUAAGCCAUUUACUCUAGAAAUCAGGAAAUCUCAUGUUAACAAGGUUGACAAUUUCAUGAAUUCAUUGCCGUCUAAUUUGUCUGAGAAGAAUCGCCAUGCCAGAAAACUAAAGUUUAUGGCAGAAAGUGGGAUACGGCAGUUAGGUCCACCCCGGAUUGGUAUUUUUGCAGACCGACAGCGGCCAGAGCCUGUCCACUGUGAAAUUAAUGCAUGGCAGCAUUUAUUAAACAUCAUUUACAGAGAGGCAGUACAGAGAGGUAAAUUUACAGAGUUUAUUGAUAUCCUGAGUGCCUCAGCUGUAGGACAGAGUACUCAUCAGGGUACUGUCCCUGAAAAGCCAAGGGUUUUUGUUUCUCAUGAUGAUGGAGGAGGGGAGAGAUCCACUCAAGUUGAUAUUGUGAAUGAUUCUAACACAAAGUUUGUAAGUGGUCUAGGUAAUGCAAUAUCAAGUUUCCAAAAAGACAGUUCCAGUGAGACUGGUUGUGGGUUGGGAUAUUUAGCUUCUGUAGUUAAGGAACACUAUAGUGAUGAGGCCCAGAGGCAUAACAAGCUUCCAGUACGGUUAAUAGGAGAUCAGGCCAUUGCCUUGGCAAACUUCUCUUACAGGCUCAUUGAUAGCCUCAAAAUUGUAGAGGAGUCCCCAGCACAGAAACUAAAAAGAUUAGUCUUGGGCAAAAUUGCCCAGUUUCUUAGAAAUGCUGGUGCUUUAUUCAACAAAAUUGAAAUUUGUGCUGUUGACCUUGGUCAGCUUAAGGAAUUUUGCACUUUAUAUUUUAACCUGUAUGUAUUAUUUUUUGAAAUGGAUGUAAAUGUUACGGUUUGUUCAGUAGGAUAUGCCAUACCAUAUCACGCAGCUAAUUUGUAUGAAAAUUAUAAAGUAGGUUAUGGAAUUAUAUCACUACAGGCAAAAGAGGCAAAGCACUCAGGGAUAAAAAAUGACUUGGACCUGACAAACAGAUCUAAUGCUGCAUCUGAUAAAGGUAAAUGGUGGCAGGUUAUGAGGGCUAACUAUGUAAGAGCAUUUUAUUUGCCGGAACAUCAGCCAAUGCCAAAUUCUUACAUUUCUCAUUACAAGUCUCGCCUUCCUUCUCACAUAAACUCUGAAAUAUUUUGCAACUGUGGAAGGGCUAAAGAAAUGAGUGACGACACAUGUCUGGUAUGUGUAGAUGCCAGGGUGAUUGUGGAAUGUGCAGAAAAAGAGAAACUUCUACUGGAAGUAGUUGAAAUGUUGAAACCUGUUUUGUGCUCUGAGUGCAAUGAAAGAUUUCCAGAUACUGUAAGUUGUCAAGCUCAUCAAAGGAUGCAUUCAAGAGAGAGACAGUCUAACACAAACAACCCUGAUAGCCGCAACUUGCACCCUAAAACUAUGAAAGUAAGUGACCUCAAAAAGGAGCUGCAAAGUAGGCAAUUAAGCACCACUGGAAACAAAGAAAUUCUUACCAGACGCCUUGAAGGUGCAUUAACAAAGGAGGUAAAUUAGGACUU